CGCCCUUUCCCAUAUGUUCCACAGUGACAGUACUCUCUUCCAGAAGAACUACAGCAUGACUACUGGAGUGGAGCUGCUGAUGAAAUGUGUCAACAUCCCAGAGACCAAUGACAGUGUGGAGCUCUACAUCAUAGACUCUGCGGGAAAGCAAACAUUAGUGGAAGCCUGCGAGAAAAUGUGGGGUGAGCCGUCGUUGCUUUGCCUGGUUUUUGACCUGACCAGUAAGCAGUCUUUUGACAACUGCAGCCACUGGAUGGAGCGGGUUCGUGCUCACUGCCAAGGUCUCCACAUUCCAGGUGUCCUGGUGGGCAACAAGUCAGACCUUUCUGCUAGAAGGGAGGUCCCGACAUCCUUGGCCCAGGAAUGGGCCCAAAGCCAGGGGUUGGAGUACCACGAGACAUCAGCUAAGGAGAUGGAGAACUGCGAUAUGCCGCUCCUCAGUUUAGCCCGGGCCUUCCACUCUCUCUACCAAGAAUGUCGUGAGACCAUCCAGAACCUGAGUCCAGGCUAGAUCCCUCAAAAGGCACACACACCUUGAAUAUUCACUUAAAGGAGAGUAGAAACAUAAAAUUUUAUAUUGAUAAUACAUAAGAUGAUUCAAAGAAACCCUGUAAUAUUCUGUGACACCGCCAAGGACCAGCUUGUUCAGGGCGAUAUUUUGAUGUGACUAUGAAUAAAGUUGUUUUUCUAUGAUAAUCAGCAGUUAGCGGUAUUGACUCUUAUCUCUCUCUAUACGUUUAGAUAGUGAGGUAUACUUUCAAAGUGACGAUUGGGUCAUUACCAAAGCUACAGCUCCAGUUCAUUGUGGAGGAAAGAGAGUCUGCCUCUUCUCAGAUGGCUGCUCCUGAUUUUAGUUGGGAGCUCACCCUUAUUUAUUGCCUCCCCCCUCCUUUUAUGUUUUCCUGUAAUCUCAAUGUGACUUUGUUCCUGGUCUCAUCUUCUCUGGUCUGCCAUCUUUCCUCAUUUCUCUCCAUCUCUCCUCUCCGCCUCACUUUCUCUUCCUUUAUCAGUUUUUCCCUAUUUUGUUGCUUUGCUUAAAAACUCGUCCUUCCUGCUUGUCGUCUCUUCUCUUUCCAAUCCCAUCGUCUUCCCCUUCUCCUUCUCUCUGUUUAACUCUCCCUCUCUCUUGUUGUGUUAACUCCCCAGCUGCAGCCCUCUCACAUCAUUUCAGUCGUGUCCCCGGUGCGGCGCUAACAACCAGUAAUCACUGUUCUAAUUAGCAGUCUCCCAUUCAAACCAGGUCAAAGCCGCGUCCUUGUUCUCUCGCUGCCUCUCAGACCAGCUGCCACCAUUCAAAUGAGGGCGCACCGGUUCAAGCCAGACACAAUGGUUUUUAUCUCAUUAUGCGCUACAUUGAGAGUGACUGCAGCAUGUAAUAAUCAUGAGACAGUCUCUGUCCUCUUUUAGGAAUCGCAGUCACUGAAUUUGAUUUUUGAUGGGUUUUUCUUUCUGGCUGUCCUUUGACAUUUGUGAAGGAAUGUAAGAUGUCGUUGAAACCAAACACAAACAUAUAUGGUCACUAGAUAAUAAUGCAUAAAGUGAAUUAAAAAGCAACUUCUUUCCUGUAAAAUGAUUUGUUAUGAGGUUCCUCACAUAUUCUGUAUUUAACUGCUUGUAAUUGUUG